UGGAGGCUGUGCGGCUCGCAGUGCUGUUCCGCGCUGGACCCCACCCGGUGGGCGCAGGCCACGCACACCCAGCUUUGCGCGGCUGCCCUCCGCAGCAUUGCACGGCCGACGCUCGCCAGCUCCCUGAUACCGGCUGCUGGGGCUAGCUUGGGACAGGCUCGGCGCGGGCAGCCGCCCCGGUGGAAGGGAGCCGUCCUUACCGAGACCAGCCCGGCCCAGCGGUGAGAUGAGCUUCUUCGGCUUCGGGCAGAGCGUGGAGGUGGAAAUCCUUCUGAACGAUGCAGAGAGUAGGAAGCGGGCUGAGCACAAGACGGAGGACGGGAAGAAGGAGAAAUAUUUCCUCUUCUACGACGGGGAGACUGUCUCCGGGAAGGUGAGCCUUGCGCUCAAGAACCCCAACAAGCGACUGGAGCACCAGGGCAUCAAGAUCGAGUUCAUCGGGCAGAUCGAACUCUACUACGACCGUGGGAACCACCAUGAAUUUGUGUCCCUGGUGAAGGACUUGGCCCGGCCCGGAGAGAUCACUCAGUCACAGGCCUUCGACUUUGAAUUUACCCACGUGGAGAAGCCAUAUGAGUCCUAUACAGGGCAGAAUGUGAAACUACGCUAUUUCCUUCGAGCCACCAUCAGCCGCCGCCUCAACGAUGUCGUCAAAGAGAUGGACAUUGUAGUUCACACGCUCAGCACAUACCCAGAGCUGAACUCUUCCAUCAAGAUGGAGGUUGGGAUUGAGGACUGUCUGCACAUUGAGUUUGAGUAUAAUAAAUCCAAAUACCACUUGAAAGAUGUCAUUGUAGGAAAGAUAUACUUCCUGCUGGUGAGAAUCAAAAUUAAGCACAUGGAGAUAGACAUCAUCAAGCGGGAAACAACGGGCACAGGCCCCAAUGUGUACCACGAGAAUGACACGAUAGCCAAGUAUGAGAUCAUGGAUGGGGCGCCUGUGCGAGGAGAGUCCAUCCCGAUCCGGCUCUUCCUGGCAGGAUAUGAGCUCACACCCACCAUGCGGGACAUCAACAAGAAAUUCUCCGUACGUUAUUAUCUCAACCUGGUGCUGAUAGAUGAGGAAGAACGGCGCUACUUCAAGCAGCAGGAAGUGGUGUUAUGGCGGAAGGGUGACAUCGUACGGAAGAGCAUGUCCCACCAGGCAGCCAUCGCCUCUCAGCGCUUCGAGGGCACAACCUCCCUGGGUGAGGUGCGGACCCCCAGCCAGCUGUCUGACAACAAUUGCAGGCAGUAGGCCUGGGGCCAAGAAGCUGCUGGGUGUCCACCCCAGCACCCCCAUCUACCAAACACCAGCGGCUGGGGGGAGGGGGAGGACCUUAUGAGGCUCAGCUGACCCGUUACUCGCAACCUGAAAACAAAUCAUGUUUCUGACUUAAAUUCUUUUUUCUGAAGAACCUAAGGGGCUUGGGUUGGGAAGCAGUCUCCCUGGGAUUCUGCGGCUGACUAGGGAAUAGGGAGAGGUAGCAUCCUGGAAGCUAGUCUCUCGGGGCGGGGGGAAGAAGAGCCUUCUGUUAAGACUGCCCUUGCAAGAGAGCAGAGAGCACGCAUCCUUGGCUCCUGGCUCCCUGAGCUUCCUGAUACGGGAUCUGAGCAUGCCCCUGAGAUUCUGAGCUGCCAACAGGGCCCUGGGUGGUCAUGUCUUGUACUCCCCUCUGCUGUCCCUGAGGUGUAGUGGUGGGAAUUGGGCCUGCCCCAUCCUGAAUGGCAGGAGGAAGAUUCAAGAUCAGGAAGCUACCUCUCUGGGAGUCUUGGAUGUGGUGCUCUGAAGUUUCCAUAGGCCACCUUCUUUCUGGCCUCUCACUGCUGGGAUCCAGGCACCUCUCUUCAUCUUCUCUGGAUUGUCAGUAACAUUCUGGAACAGAAGGCUGUGGAAGAGCCUUGGGCACAGAGGCCCUGAGGUCAGUGUCACGCAUGGAUGGCAGCAGCCAGGCCCGCUGAGGAAGAAGGAUCAAUGCAUGGCAACUGUCUGCCUUCAUGUGACUCCACACGGCAACCCCUGAAGUCUGGGUUGUUCUAGGAUAUUGUUCUAUGUGCCCCAACAAGCCCUCAGCAACGAGGGUCUGUUUCCUUUCAGAAGUGAUCCCAGGAAGGGGCCUGAUCCCUUUACCUCCCUGGGAGUGGACCUUUAUUUCUUCUUGCCCUCUAUUUAAUUUCUAGGAAUUGGGGUUUGGUUUCAAACACUUGGAAAUUUUGUUCUUACUACCACCCAAGCUCCUUCACCCUCUCCUUACAGGCUAAGGGAAGGACAUGUGGGCCUCAGCAGAAGAUAGUGCUACCACACUUCAAAAUCAUUCUGCUUGCCAAAUACAUCUUCAUCUUCACCAGUUGACUGACCCCAGUUUAGGACCAUUGGUAUUUUUUGUUUAUAAAAACAUUAGCAAAAAUUCUUGUGGAUAUUCGUUAUGCUAGAGAAAAGGCAGUUCUCCCUGUUGCUCUGUGCUUGGGCCUACAGCAGUAAAGGUAUUUAUUGUCCUUUUCUGCCUCUUCUGGAGAUGAUAGGAAUUACUCUCCUGUUGACCUCCCUUCCCUUUAUAGAAAGACCAACCAGACCCCUCUGGCCAAUAAGUACAAUAUCUGGUGGGCUGAGUUCUUACUAAUUUGGAAUGUAGAGGGGUUGGUUCCUGUGUUACCUUUUAGUUAGCAUGGGAAAUGAGGACUCCUCUUUUCCUCAAAAAUCCAUGCAGUCUUGGGCCUUUGGGUAGGGCUCAUGGAUCAGAGCUGAGAUUGGCGGGGAAGGUAUUUGGGGUAACUCAUGAGGUUGAAAGGGGGGCAGAAAAACCAAGGAAGGUAGGGUUGUUUCCCCCAUGCAGGACCCCGAGUUCAGCUGCGACACACAAUCCCCAUGGGAACAGGAUCACCCAUCCAGCUGCCCUUGGGUUAUCAAAGUUGGGGCUUAAGUGUACGAAGGAGGCAGGUUCUAGUUUCCUUGCCUUUUCAGAGCAUAUGAUUAGACUCUGGUUUGCCUCCUUUUAACAGCUGGUAUUCUAACUAGAAACAUUUUUCAAUUCCUCUGCCUCCCAACUGACAACACAAAUUCAUUUUCCAGCUUUCCUAACAUCUUAAGCCUUUCUUCUGGGAGAACUCAAAUUUGCUUUGAUUCUCUUAGGCACUGUGUACAGCCAGGUCUUCUGUUUUCUCUUACUCUACACCCAUUCUCACCUUCUCUGUCUAACUGUGAAAAUGAGGAGAGGCGCCUGUGCCCCUCCCUUAAGGUCCCCAAACCUGGGAGUGCAUAGGUACUAAACAAAGCAGUGCAACUUGUAAUUAAGCAGCUGCAGUGUUUACAUGUUUCUUAAUGUGUUGUCUUUUCAAUGGCUGUAUUUUAAAAGAACCCUUGUUUUAAUGGUCUCUCUGAUUAAAGGAAGCCCCUGUGGCUUUGGAGGCAUUGUGCCCAUGGUCCACCA